AUGUUGACAAAAUAUCUCACCUCACGCUGCUCACAGCGGUGGAGGCUACCUCUUCCUUCUGUGUCAAGACGCCUAACAUCCUAUGCAACACCCGCCACGGCAUCACUAAGUCGACUAGAACCCCAUCACCGAGUAGAUCUGAGUCAAUUCACGAAGAAAGUUGAGCAACUUCGAGACAGACUGAAACGGCCUCUCUCCUACGCCGAAAAAGUCCUCUACAGUCAUCUAGACGACAGUUUCGACGAACGCAUCACCCGCGGAUCCUCGCAAUUGAAGCUCCGACCUCUACGAAUUGCGUGUCAAGAUGCGACGGCUCAAAUGGCUCUUAUCCAAUUCAUGUCAGCCGGGCUCGAAUCUACCGCUGUGCCGACCACCGUGCACUGUGAUCAUUUGAUUGUUAGUCGUGAUGGAGAAGCGGAGGAUUUGCCUCGUGCGCUGGAUGCUCAUCGCGAGGUAUACGAUUUCAUGGAGAGUGCGUGUCGGAAAUAUAAUAUGGGGUUCUGGAGGCCUGGAGCUGGUAUUAUUCAUCAGAUUGUUUUGGAGAAUUAUGCGUUCCCCGGGGGCAUGAUUGUUGGAACGGAUUCUCACACGCCGAACGCUGGUGGACUAGGUAUGGUGGCUAUCGGGGUUGGAGGUGCUGAUGCGGUAGAUAUUAUGGCUGGAUUGCCGUUUGAGAUGAUCGCGCCGAAGCUGCUGGGCGUGAGGCUGACAGGGUCGCUUUCUGGAUGGGCUUCACCGAAAGAUGUCAUUAACACCGUGGCGGGGAGGAUCACCGUGAAAGGAGGGACUGGGUAUAUUAUUGAAUACUUUGGCCCUGGUGCGCAGACUCUCUCGGCUACUGGAAUGGCGACGGUGUGCAAUAUGGGAGCUGAGACGGGAGCCACGACGUCGAUCUUCCCAUAUGCGCCGCAGAUGUCGGACUAUCUGCGUGCAAAUAACCGUUCGGACAUGGCUGCUGCUAUGGAGAGCGUAUCGUGUGAGCUUUCUGCCGACACGGGUGUGGAAUAUGAUCAGGUCAUCGACAUCGACCUAUCCACGCUGGAACCAUGUAUUAAUGGUCCCUUCACCCCUGAUCUUUCGACUCCGCUGUCCAGGUUCGGUUCUGCGGUCAGAGAGAACGAAUGGCCUGAACAGCUUACUGCUGGUCUGAUCGGGUCCUGCACGAAUUCCUCGUUCGAAGACAUGAGCAAAGCGGCCAACAUUGCGCAACAGGCGUUAAACGCAGGACUCAAACCAGCUAUGCCCCUGCUCAUCUCGCCAGGCAGUCUUCAAACCCGCGAGACUCUCCAGCAGGCGGACAUCCUGCAAGUAUUUGAGAAGCUUGGAGCGACAAUGCUACCUAACGCAUGUGGCCCUUGUUGCGGGUCGUGGGAUAGAGCUAAUAUGCCCAAGGGGACCAAAAACUCUAUCAUCACCUCCUAUAACCGCAACUUCUCCGGCCGUCUGGACUCCAACCCUGCAACCAACGUCUUCCUCGCCUCUCCCGAAGUCGUCAUGAGCAAGGUCUUCUCAUCAGGUCUAUCCUUCAACCCUCACCUCGACCCCUUGACCACCCCUUCAGGCGAGAAAUUUUACUUCACGCCACCAACAGGCGAAGCCCUACCAUCAUCAGGCUACCAGAACUCCGACACAGCCUACCAAUCCCCACCAUCGGGAGACCGCAGUAAUCUCGAGGUUCAAAUCCAUCCAUCCUCGCAGCGUCUCCAAAAGCUAGCUCCGUUCCCCCCAUGGUCCAGACAAGACUUCGAAAACUGUCUCAUCCUCAUCAAAACAGUCGGGAAAUGCACAACAGAUCACAUCACCCCGGCAGGUCCGUGGUUCCGCUAUCGCGGACACUUAGAAAACAUCUCGAACAACACGCUCAUCAGCGCCGUGAACGCCGAAACACAAAAGGUGAAUACCGUACGCAACCAGCUCACAGGCCAAGAUGGAGACGUGCCAGCCACAGCCCGCUACUAUCAAUCUGAAUCGAUCCCCUGGUUUGUCAUUGCAGAUCAUAAUUAUGGGGAGGGAUCGUCGCGGGAACACGCUGCCUUGCAGCUGAGGUAUCUUGGUGGAGUGGCUAUUGUUGCGAAGAGUUUUGCGAGGAUUCAUGAAGCGAAUUUGAAGAAGCAGGGGAUGUUGGCGUUGACUUUUGUCGAUGAGUUGGAUUAUGACAGGAUUAGGGCUUCUGAUCGCGUGAGUAUUCUUGGAUUGAAGGGGUUGGAGCCGGGGAGGAAUUUGGGUCUUAGGAUCAGUCCGAAGGAGGGAGAGGUGUGGGAAACGGAGGUGAGGCAUUCGUUUACGGAGCAGAUUCGGUAUUUCAGGGCGGGAAGUGCGUUGAAUUUGAUCUCCAGGAAUAAGACGUGA